UUUUCUAAAAAGAAUUAAAUCCCAUUCUCUCCUUUCUAUUAUACCCUUCGCCCUUUAACCUUCUUUCUCUCUCUCUCCCUUUCUUUGUUUUCCAAGAUAUAGGAGGAUAUAGCACACAGCAGCUAUGUCCUCUCAAUCAUAAGCAGAAAAUUAGAAAAAGAGAAAUAGAAAAAAAGCGUGUAAGAAUUAAAUUCCUUUGCCAAACAUCAAGAAAAAUAAAGUAGGGGGAACUGGAAACGUGCUCCAAAGGAGACAAGUUUUGCUUUACUUGGUUUUUUUUUUUUUUGUAUUGUAAAUCUCGCUAGAAUUUCGUGUGGUGGGGGUGUUUGACAAGUGGGGAAGACGGUGGAACCAGAACCCAGCUUUGUGAUGGGAAUAAGACCAUCACCACAACAACAGGAGAGAUGACAUGGUGCAAUAACCCAGAUGAUGAUGCUAGAGCUAUAAAGUUAGUUGCAGCAGCCACUAAAGAACCCUCUCUCGCCGUCGCUGCCACCUCAGCCGCUUCCUACACCAAAAUCCAUGAAAUCCAAACCAUUAUUUGCCCUUCAUGUGGUUUUAACAUACCCUACCAAGAUCAGACGGGAAUUCAUGAUUUGCCAGGGUUACCAGCCGGAGUGAAGUUUGAUCCAACUGACCAAGAAAUUUUAGAGCAUUUAGAGGCCAAAGUAAUAUCUGAUCUGCGCAAGCUUCAUCCGUUGCUUGAUGAGUUUAUUCCAACACUGGAAGGAGAAAAUGGGAUAUGCUAUACUCAUCCUGAGAAGUUGCCGGGAGUAAGCAAAGAUGGCCAAAUUAGACACUUCUUCCAUCGACCCUCCAAGGCGUACACAACCGGGACAAGGAAGAGAAGAAAAGUUCACACGGAUGAAGAGGGAAGCGAAACAAGGUGGCAUAAAACAGGCAAGACCCGAGCAGUUUCGGUUGGUGGGGCAGUGAAGGGUUUCAAAAAGAUCUUAGUGCUCUACACCAACUAUGGCAGGCAAAGGAAGCCUGAGAAGACUAACUGGGUGAUGCAUCAAUAUCACCUCGGCAACAAUGAAGAAGAGAAAGAUGGAGAGUUGGUGGUUUCCAAAGUUUUUUACCAAACUCAACCGAGACAAUGCGGUCCCGGUAGUGUCAAGUAUACGCUCGACCGAAAGCUUAAAACCCGAAGCCGGCUGCACCAAAGUCCUAAUCCUAUGGCUAAGAGCAGUGGCAGCCGGGGUCUUUUUGAGCAUAACAAUCCACCUUUUAUUCCAUACGAUGAUGGGAGUCACCAUAAUAGGGAAAGCCCACCUCAGCUCAUCCCAAAUUUGGUUGUUCAAGGUGAUGGAUCCUCGUUUAUUCGAUUAACCUCGGAUACAAGCAAAGGGAGAGUUGAAAGAAAAUAGCAAUGGAAAGAUGAGCAGCUACGACAAGGACUUAUGCGGUUGUUGCUGUUGCCAUGUAACAGUCAAAUAAAUUAAAGAGUCGGAUGCUUUGGGAAGAUUUGCCCAUGAGACCACGCUCUUGAUCGCAAACGACUAAACAAGGGAGAUUGCUGGCAUUUGCAUAAUAUUUAUAUAUAUUUUUUACCUUAUUUUAUCCACUUAUAAGGUUUGAUGACUUAUAUAUAUAUAUAGUAGGAUUGCACAGAUAUGACUGCCAUAAAACUUCUAGUAAUAGUCCCUACUGAUUAAUAAUUAGGUUUAUCAUUAUCAUAUGUAUAUGUACCUUUUUCAUUCUAUCAUGGAUUCUUUUCUUCUUUUUUUGUUAUUGUAAAUCUGAAUCCUCCAUCCUGAGUUUGUUCUCAUCCCCAUUUCUGGAUUAAUCAUAUAUCUAUAUGGAUUAUUUUUUUGUUCUUUCGUGAA